AUGUCAGCUCCACACCACGAGAAAGACACAGGGAUCGCUUUUGUAGGCAUCGACUGGGCUAAGCCUCCGGGUGGCACAGAAACGGGCAAGGCAGUGCACAUGCUGGACUAUGCGUGCGGGCCCGGGUUCAUGAUAUUCGGACCAUACGUAUCUUCCAUACACGCAGUUGAUGUAUCUCGUACCAUGAUUGAGAAGUACAUCAACAACAUAGACACGUUCGGCCUUAGACGCGAAAAUAUUGCAGGCACGGUCGGCAACUUGCUGUCAGACCCGAUCGAGCCUUCUUCGCUCGACAGCGAAGAGUAUAGCAAUUUCGACCUCAUCACAGUCGGCGCAGCUUUGCACCAUUUUCCCUCUGCAAAGGACGCUCUCCGGCUCUUAGGGCAGAGGCUGAAGCCUGGAGGCGUCCUUCUCAUUCAGGAUCUGUACAGCUACGUUGUAAGCGAAGCUGUGCAAGAGACAGGCAAAGCGAAACAUACGCAACAGAAGGAAAGUGACAUGGCAUCGAUGAUGCGGGAGGCUGGGUUGGUCGGUUUCCGCUUUGAGGUGCUGCAGGGAAACUUCGAGAUUGAGCUACCAAGCGAGGAGGUGGGCCAGAUUCAGUGCUUCAUGGCGAGGGCUGCGAGGCCGCUGAGCUAG